AUGCCUGGCUUCCUGGAGACAUACAAAGUAGAUUUAGCUGAUCCUUACUAUGGAUUCCAGUCGUGGAAUGAUUUCUUUGCCAGAAAGUUGAAAAACGACAAAGUUCGUCCGAUCGCUGAGCCCGGUGAUCCAUACGUGAUCUGUUCUCCAUGUGAUGCUUGCCCAUAUUUCAUCGAGAGAAACCCAAAGCUCCGAGAUCAAUUUUGGAUCAAGUCACAGCCAUACAGCUUACAGCAUCUGCUCAAUGAUGAUCCCUUGACCGACAAGUACGUAGGAGGCACUGUCUUCCAAGCCUUUCUUGAUACUGCCAACUACCAUCGCUGGCAUGCACCAGUUGCUGGUACAAUAACCAAGGCAUACAUCAAGGAAGGCGCGUAUUAUGCAGAAGCUCUCUCGGUGGGUUACGAUCCAACAGCCAAUACAUAUUCACAACGUUAUCUCAGUCACGUGGAUACCCGAGCCAUAAUCCACAUUGAUACAGGCAAACCAGAAAUUGGUACCGUAAUCUUUGUCGCAGUUGGAAUGGCUGAGAUCUCAAGUUGUCCUCUUGAGGUCUAUUAUGGGCAGGAAGUGAAGAAAGGUGAUCCUCUAGGCACCUUCCAAUUUGGUGGAUCUACAUACUGCCUCCUGUUUGAAAAAGGUGUUGAGGUGCUGUUUGUUGCUGAGAGAACCCCAGUUACUGAAUGGCCGAAUUAUCUGCAACUGGUCAAUAGUGCUCUCGGUAGAGUCGAU